GCGGUGAUGGCAAACAAGUUAUGUUUACAUUGAGAAUGCAUUGAAGUCAGUCCAGAAGUUUUUAGUUAAAAGAGUUUAAUCCGAGUUUUUUGUAAGGAAUUAUUACUGUAUGUUAUUUAAGGAAGUGUUCAACUCGUCUUUUAUUAAAUUGUGUCGCAACGAUAUGUAUUACUAAUGCCGGUAACGUGCAUAGUAGUGGGUUGUGGAAGUCGUGGAAAUCGGGACCAAGUUAGCUUUCAUUGUGUACCCAACGUAGGGAAUUCAAAAUAUUUUCCUCAUUUAAAUGAUUUAUCGAGAAAACGGCGCCAAACAUGGAUAGCUGCAAUUAAAAGGGAUGACCUAACACCUUCUAUAUUAAGAAACCAGAGAGUUUGCAGUAGGCAUUUUAUUACUGGGAAACCAAGCAAGUUAGAAGAUGUUGAUAAUCCAGACUGGGCUCCAUCUCAGCACAUGGGACAUGUUUCCCAAGCUAUAUCUAAGAGGAAAAGCGACAUAACAAGAAAAUACAGAGUAGAUAAAAGAAGAAAAUUACUAGAAAGUAUAAGCGAAAAUAGAAUGGAAAUUUGUGCCGAGGAAGGUAGUCCGGAAUUUGAGAAUGCAAAGGAACAAGCUGAUGGUUCUGCUACACAGACAGACCUAACAAAGGAAAUGAUGGCCAUAAGAUUUCAGCAGUUAGAAUUCGCCUCAGAAAAAAUAUCUAUUUUAGAACGCAAGAUAGAAAAUUCUCCUCUUGGACUUGUGGAUCAAACUACCGAUGUUGCAAAAUGGAAGUAUUAUACAGGAUUUGAAUAUACACUUGUUCAACAUAUUUUUCACGAAAUUGAACCAUACAUUCCUACAACAUCUACAACAGUGCUUAGUCCUUUUAAUCAAUUAUUACUUACCCUAGUUAAGUUACGGUUAAAUUUACACUUCAAAGAUUUGGCUUACCGUUUUAAAAUUUCACCAACGACAUCAUCAACCUAUUUCGUAAAUAUGAUUGAAAUACUUUAUGAAAGGUUCAAAUCCUUAAUUAUUUGGCCAGACCGCUCUGUAUGUAGAAAAAACAUCCCAUCAUGUUUCCAGGAAGCAUUUAAAGAAACGACGAACAUAAUUGUUGACUGUUUUGAGGUUUUUAUUGAAAAACCAGAAGCAUAUCUAACACAACAACAAUGCUGGUCAAAUUAUAAACACCAUCAUACAGUAAAGUUCUUAAUUGGAAUCACACCUCAGGGAACAAUAAGCUAUAUUGGCAAGGCUUGGGGUGGCCGAACUUCGGACAAACAAAUGAUAGAGUUAAGUGAUUUUUGUAACUACAUUAAACCAUGCGAUGUUGUGUUAGCCGAUAGGGGUUUUUUAGUUGAUGAAAGUUCGGGUGUUUUGGGGACAAAAUUAGUAAUUCCUGCAUUUACGAAAGGGAAAAGUCAACUACAUCCCAUAGAAAUAGAAGAGACACGCCACAUAGCUCAUGUCAGAAUUCAUGUGGAGAGAAUAAUUGGAGUUAUAAAGAACAAAUUUAGAAUAUGGAAGGGUCCAAUUCCAAUUAGUAUGUUAAAAAAAUGUAACAAUGAAAACGCUAAUAUCUUAGAUAAAAUCGUUACUACUUGCAGUGCAUUAAUCAAUUUAUUAAAUCCAAUUAUACCACUUUAAUUUUUAAGGAGAGAAAUAACAAUAUAAAAAAGGGUAUAUAAGAUAAAUUCACAAAUAAAAUGACUAAAAACAUAUAUUGAAUACUUUUAACUCCCUCCAGAUAUUGUGAUUUCUCUCAUUUAAUGUAAAUA